GGCACUUCCGGGUAACAAACCUGCGAGUGUCUUCCUGUAACUCAGCCGGCUUGAGUGUUUCUGGGUGAAACCUUCUGGGUGACUCUGCUGGGUGCUGUGAGCGGAGCUCGGCAAGCUCAGAACUGCAGACAUGGAUGUAAUGACCUUUGAUGACUUGCAUGUGGACUUCACUCCAGAAGAGUGGGCUUUGCUGGAUCCUUCUCAGAAGAGUCUCUACAAAGAUGUGAUGUUGGAGACCUAUAGGAAUCUCACAACUAUAGGCUACGUUUGGGAAGACUAUUCUAUUGGUGAACAUUUUCAAAGUUCUAGAAGACAUGGAAGGCAUGAAAUAAGUGGUACUGGAGAGCAACCCUCUGAGAUUACUCAUUGUGGUAAAGCUUUUGAAUAUCAGAGUCAUACUCAAAGGCAUGAAAGAACUCAUAAUGGAGAGAGACCCUAUAAAUGUAACCAAUGUGGCAAAGCCUUUGUACGAAGAAAUGAUCUCAAAAAUCAUGAAAGAACACAUACAGGAGAGAAACCUUUUGAGUGUAACGAAUGUGGUAAAGCUUUUGUACGAAGCAGUUAUCUCCGAAGCCAUAAACAAGCACAUUCAGGACAGAAACCCUAUGAAUGUAACCAAUGUGGUAAAGCCUUUAUAGCAAGAAGUGCUCUGAAAUAUCAUAAAAGAACCCAUACUGGAGAGAAACCCUAUGAAUGUAACCAAUGUGGUAAAGCCUUUGCGGGAAGCAGUGGUCUCAAAUAUCAUAAAAGAACACAUACAGGAGAGAAACCCUAUGAAUGUAACCAAUGUGGUAAAGCUUUUACAGGAGGUGUUGCUCUCAAAUAUCAUAAGACAACACAUACAGGGGAGAAACCCUAUGAAUGUAACCAAUGUGGUAAAGCCUUUGCAGUGAGGACUGAACUCCAAAUACAUAAAAGAACACAUACUGGAGAGAAACCCUAUGAAUGUAACCAGUGUGGUAAAGCCUUUGUACAAAGAGGUCAUCUUAGAAAACAUAAACAAACACAUACAGGACAGAAACCCUAUGAAUGUAACCAAUGUGGUAAAACCUUUGCAGUAAGCAGUGGUCUCCAAUAUCAUAAAAGAACACAUACAGGGGAGAAACCCUAUGAAUGUACUGAAUGUGGUAAAGCCUUUGCAGGAGUCGCUGCUCUCAAAUAUCAUAAAAGAACACAUACUGGAGAGAAACCCUAUGAAUGUGACCAAUGUGGUAAAGCCUUUGCAGGAAGUAGUGACCUUAAAAUACAUAAAAGAACACAUACAGGGGAGAAACCCUAUGAAUGUACUGAAUGUGGUAGAGCCUUUGCAGGAGUCACUGCUUUCCAAUAUCAUAAAAGAACACAUACUGGAGAGAAACCCUAUGAAUGUGACCAAUGUGGUAAAGCCUUUGCAGGAAGCAGUGACCUUAAAAUACAUAAAAGAACACAUACAGGGGAGAAAAUGGAUUAAUGUAACCAAUCAGGUCAAACUUUUUCACAAAUCAGUAGCCUUAAUAUACAUAGAAGAACACAUAUUUUAGAGAAACCCUUUGAGUGUAUUCAAUGUGGUAAAACUUUUUCACAAAGCAGUGGUCAUCACAAUCAUAAAAGGACACAAACAAGCGAGCAGUUUUUGAAUGUGAGCAGUGUGGUUUUAAAACUUUUCACAAAGCAGUGUCCCCCAAAUAUAUAAAGGACCAUAUACUGGAGAGAAACACUGAAUAUCAUCAAUGUUCUGAAGCUCUUCUAUGUCCCAAUCAUCUUCAAAUACAUAAAAGGACAUGUACUGGAGAAAACUCUGAAUGUAACUAAAGUGGUAAAGCCUUUGCACAAAAGAUUCAUCUCCUAGUACAUCAAAUGAUACCCGGUGAAGAGAAACACUAUGAAUAUAAGCAGUGUUUUAGAACGUUUGCAAGUCACAGUACUCUCCAAGUAAAUAAAAGAAGACACACUCAAGAGAAACCCUGUGAAUGUCAUCAACAGGAUAAAGCCUUUGUACAUUGGAAUCCUCUUCAAAUAUGUAAAAGAAGACAUACCUGUGAGAAUCUCUAUGAAUGUAAACAAUGUGGUAAAACCUUCAUAUGUCAGUCAUAUUCAGAGGCACAAAAGAAACCAUAAUGUAGAAAAAUCCUUGAGUGUUUUCAAUAUGAUGAAGCCUUUGCACACUUCUAUAGUCUUCAUCACCAUAAAACAACCCAUACUAUGUAGAAAUUUAUGAAUACAUUUAAUAUUGUGAAGCCUUUUCAAAAUUCCCAAGUUUUCAUCAGCAUGAAAGAGAAAUCCCAUGAAUGCAUUCAAUGUGGGGAAGCCUUUGUACAUUUUUACUGUCUUCAUCAUCAUGAAAGUACUCAUAAUGGAGAGAAAGUCUAUGAGUGUAAACGAUGUGGUAGAGCCUUUCUGGUGUGGGGUCCUCUCAGAUCCAACACCACUCAGUCUCAGGUAAUGCAAGUGACAGGAGUUUAUGGUAACAAAGCUGCUGCUGGUUCAUGACAUACUUGGAACAUAAUGUGUGACUUGUAACACACACAUUUCCCCAGGUGAGCCAGAAUGUUUCAGAGCUGGCAUCUUGCAGUCCAAAAGGUUAACCCACAAUUAUUAAUGUCUGAAAGAACUACAGGAACCAAACCAGAUAAGAGCCUGAGGAAAAGGAGGUCCAGUGACAUGCCCAAGUUGAGGUCCAUGUCAGUGGGAAGCCCCAAAGUCUGACACUAUUACUGAUGCUAUAGUGUGCUUACAAAUAGAGGGCUGUCAUGACUGACUUCCAAGAAGCUCAAUAAGCAGGUGAAAGAGUCAGAUGCAGAUAUUUACACCCAAUCAGUGGACAGAAACUGGUGACUCGUGAGGUUGAAAUAGGGAAAACCUGGAAGAAGUUUAGGAGGAGGGCAACUAUAUAGGAAGUCAAGCAGUCUGAACUAACGUGUACCCCUGUGAUCUCUCACACACUGAGCCACCAACCAAGUAGCAUAAACCACCUGAUACAGAGCAGAGGACUACUGGGUCUGGACUCAGUCAGAGUAGAUACACAUGACCCUCCAGAAUCUUGGGGCCCCAGGUAGUGGGGAGGACUUGUGGGGUGGGGGUUGUGCAUAGGAACAUCUUGAAGAUAGGGGGAGGAGGAGUAAGAUGAGGAAGAGUUGGAGGGUGGAUAAGCAGGGGUAUAAAAUAUGAAUUGUAAAAAAAAGAUUGAACAAUAAAUGAAUAAGAAAAAUGAAAAUAAGGAGAGAACACCAGAAAUUUCUGUGCCAAAUUACACGUAGAUUUUUUCCAACAAUCAGGGUUUAGGGAUAGGGGCUUAUGUAGUUGACAGUUAUCAACUGUUAUAGAAUGUGGGUUUUACAGUUCAAACAAUCAUAUGGAUUUGUUCUUUGGUGGUAAAGAUCGGGUGUUAUGUUUUGAGAGCCUGGAAAUUGGCUUAUAUCGUAAGCAGAAGGAAAUUUAAUUGAAGUUAAAUACAUAUGAAAAGAUGUUUGUUCAAGUUAUGUAAAGGGAAAGGAUAUAUAUCCAUGGAGAUAUUAAUCUCCAUGGAAGGCAGAAUUUAUGUAUGCAUAGAUAAAUACGUUUGGUGGUUAUAAUAUUAAAACCCCUCUAGGAUAGAGGUUGAAAUAGGGCAAACUUGAACAGGAAAGAGCUGUUAAUUGAAUCGAUCUCUACCUUUGAUGAUUGUGUGUUACUGGAACAAGGACAUGCUAUUAAGGGAGAGAGACUCUAUAAUUGUGUUAGUAGGAAAGAAGAAAAGGCUUUGGACCCCUUCCAGAGUGAUAUGGAUCAGAUAUGACAGGAGAAGUCCCCUGAAAAUCUUGGCUAAAGGAAAAAAAGUUUCAGAAAAAUCAAACGAGCAGGAGUCAUGAUUUGCUGAUUCCUCCAUAUGGGAACAGCCCUAUAACUAACCUAGACAUAAAAAGUCUGUAGACAAACCUUCAGAUAAAAGUAGACGAUUCAUAUUGUUGUUUAUGGAACACUUACUAUUCAACAUGCCAUCAUUCCUAUGGCAUGAGUGAAGAUUUAUUACAAUUGCUUAUUGAUUAAAUUAACUCAAAAGUAUAAUUUUCUUGUACCUGCUCAAAUCAGAAUCAAAAAUUCAUCCUUAACUGAACAGUGUAUCUUGCACAAUCCAUAGGAAUAUCUUAAUAGUACUGAAAUCCUUUUUGUAAGAUUCAUAUAUUGCAGAAUGUCCCCCUUUUGACAAGAUUUAUUGGUGGGGAUCCUGAGAUGACCUGUUGAUCCAGCUACCUGCCUCCUGAUGCUGGAAGAAACUGGUGAAAUGUUUUGUACUGGUUCUAUUGCUACUUGUUUUAAGUCAGUUCCCAAAUUGUCCAAGAACCAUGCAUUUGUGAUGAUGUGCAUUCUAUCCUCAGCUGGUUCUAAUUGGUAGACUUGCACAGCCACUGUCAGGGAGCAGAGGAAGUU